UUUUAUCUUCGUGUUAGCCAAACAGCGUGACCUGCUUGUGUGUCCGAUUGACAGAUACUUGGGUUUAAGAUGGUGAAAUUCAGCUUCACAUUGAGGCCAUUUAUGUAAAAUAGACAAGGUUAAUUCUUAUGAGCGUCACUUCAGGCUGAGUCAAAUCCUUCAGUGUGAAGAUGCCAGCUGGUGUGUCUUGGCCUCGGUACCUGAGGAUGUUAGGAAGUUGUCUACUGGCCAUGUUUGCAGGGGCGCAGGUCGUCCACCAAUACUACCUACCUGAUCUGAGCAUACCAGAGAUCCCACCAAAGCCUGGAGAGCUCCAGACAGAACUACAAGGUUACAAAGUCAGAGAAGAAGCUGUUGCUGCAUUGCAGAAGCUUAAAGCAGAGCAAAAAGUAGACUGAUGUGGAAUCCUAUGUGCUCUGUGUGAUGGACACAGUCAAGCAAACCAUGCCCAAUCUUUGCCAACGGCUAGAAGCUGCAGUGUGGCUGGGAGUAGAGUCAUUUCUGGGACAUCUGCAAGUGGAUGUAUUCUGUGCUCUCUCUUUUCCUCUAAUUUAAGGAACACGAGUGGAAUAAAUGCAGCUCUGCUGGUAUUUUUCUGCAAAGGAAAAUGAUCUUAUCUGGAACACAGUU